CACAACAUGGCCGAUGGAUGAUUCACAUCCAUUCAUCAACUCUAUCACUCCCUACAUAUUACCACACACCUCCAAUCUCCACUUUCAUUAUCUCUGCUUCUUCUUGCACCAAAUUAAAUGGUUUCCUACCCACCAAGAUGCCUCACCUCCCCUUCCCCAUCUCAAGGUGGUUUGGACUAUUCCGGCGGAAAUCGGUCCAGCCAGAAUACGGCGAGGACUACCAAUUCUCGGGCUCCGGCGAGUGCUACGAAUGCACUCAAGUGGGAGUUCCGGUGUUCCACUCGACCAGCUGCGAGAGAGCCGGGCAGUCGGAGUGGGAGGCCUCGGCCGGCUCCUCGCUGCUCCCGAUAAAGAACCGGCCGGAGAAGCAGAAGCGGCGCCAGGGGCAGGGCGGUGUGCUGGACCCGCGGACGAAGCGCGUGCAGCGGUGGAACAGGGCGUUUCUGCUGGCGCGUGGGAUGGCGCUGGCGGUGGACCCCCUCUUCUUCUACGCGCUCUCCAUCGGCCGGGGCGGAUCGCCCUGCCUCUACAUGGACGGUGGCUUGGCCGCCGCCGUCGCCAUUCUCCGCACGUGCGUCGACGCUGUGCACCUGGUCCACCUCUGGCUGCAGUUCCGCCUCGCCUUCGUGUCACGGGAGUCGCUCGUCAUCGGCUGCGGCAAGCUCGUCUGGGACCCACGUGUCAUCGCCGCACACUACCUCCGCUCCCUCAAAGGCUUCUGGUUUGAUGUCUUUGUUAUUCUGCCCCUGCCUCAGGCGGCGUUUUGGCUACUCGUACCGCGAUUGAUAAGAGACGAGCAGAUAAAGCUGAUAAUGACCAUUCUCCUACUCAUCUUCUUGUUCCAGUUCCUUCCCAAGGUUUAUCACUGCCUAUGUUUGAUGAGAAGAAUGCAAAAGGUCACAGGGUAUAUAUUUGGUACAAUUUGGUGGGGCUUUGGCCUUAAUCUCAUAGCAUACUUCAUUGCUUCUCAUGUUGCUGGUGGAUGCUGGUAUGUUCUAGCCAUACAGCGUGUGGCAUCGUGCCUGAAGAAACGCUGUGAUAUGAGUAAAACGUGUAACCUGUCGUUGUCCUGCUCGGAGGAGGUUUGCUAUCAGAUACUGAAAUCAGGGAGUAUGGACAUCCCCUGUGGUGGUAACUCCACCAUGAGAAAGCCCUUGUGUUUGGAUGUAAACGGACCGUUCCAGUAUGGGAUAUACAAGUGGGCUCUCCCCGUCGUCUCGAGCAACUCCAUCGCUGUGAAGAUCCUCUAUCCCAUUUUCUGGGGAUUGAUGACUCUGAGCACCUUCGGAAAUGACUUGGAGCCCACGAGCCAUUGGUUGGAAGUGAUGUUCAGUAUAUGCACUGUCCUCAGUGGCCUCAUGCUAUUCACCUUGUUAAUUGGUAAUAUUCAGGUAUUUUUGCACGCCGUGAUGGCCAAAAAGCGAAAGAUGCAACUGAGGAUCCGUGACACGGAAUGGUGGAUGAAGCGGAGACAGCUGCCCUCGGAGCUGAGGCAAAGAGUCCGGCGUUAUGAGCAUCAAAAAUGGGCAACUCUGGGGUGUGAUGAUGAGAUGGAACUCAUUAAAGACUUGCCUGAAGGGCUUAGGCGAGACAUCAAACGCUUCCUCUGCCUUGAUCUUAUUAAAAAGGUACCGAUAUUCCACAACUUGGAUGACCUGAUCCUCGACAACAUAUGCGACCGUGUUCAACCCCUCGUGUUCUCCAAAAAUGAAAAGAUCAUAAGAGAAGGAGACCCGGUGCCACGGAUGGUGUUCAUUGUCCGGGGCCGUGUGCAGAGCAGCCAAAACUUAAGCCGGGGAGUGGUGGCGACAAGCAUGCUAGAGCCCGGAGGCUUCUUUGGGGACGAGCUCAUGUCAUGGUGCCUCCGCCGCCCUUUCAUGGACAGACUCCCGGCUUCCUCAGCCACCUUCACGUGCAUCGAGUCCACCGAAGCAUUCGCCCUGGAAGCCAAACAUCUGAGAUACAUAACCGAUCACUUUCGCUACAAAUUCGCCAACGAGAGGCUGACACGCACCUCCAGGUACUACUCCUCCAACUGGAGGACUUGGGCCGCCGUCAACAUCCAGCUGGCUUGGCGGCGCUACAUUGACAGAACGCGGCGGACGCUGAGCUUUCGCUCCACCGGAGAUGAUAGCGAUCGGCGUCUCCGCCAGUAUGCCGCCUUCUUUAUGUCGAUCAGGCCUCACGAUCAUCUUGAGUGAGACCAACUGCUUCAAGAAGUUGAAAAUUGAUUCAUUCUUGUAUCAUGAAUUCGAAUUUCGAAACUAAGUAGUAUUGUUUUGUAAGGAUUUCGACUUUAUAAAUCCGAUUGUUCUGGUGUUAUAUAUGGAUAUGGUAUUUCGAAGUACAA